AUGCCCUCCGGAAAGCCACGCCUGUAUGUUGCUCUGUACCCAAGUGGUGUUUCCAACAGCGAGGAGCGCAAAUACCACUGGGCUUUCAUCGUCGGACCGAAAAAGGAAAGCUCCAAAGUAGUUCCAGGCAUACGCUACCAUGUUACCAACCCUCCCCACGUCGGGUGGCAAUACGAGAAAGCCGACCUUAAGAAUGUUCGCUUCACCAACAAUCUGCUCGCACGUAUCAUGAUCGCCAAAGUCGAAGAUGUUGAAAGACUUGAACGGAUUCUGCAGAACGUGCCUGUUAUUCAGAAUGACCCUGAGUGGAGAUGCCGAACCUGGAUUAAGAAUGCGUUGGGAGAAUUGGAAAAAGAUGGACAAGUUGUUGGGACCGCCCAGUUGAGUUGGGAGAAGAUCGAGCGGACCGCCAGGGAUUAUGUGGCUCAAAAGACUGCGGCGGGAAGAUACCAGCAAGAGGAUAUCAUAGCUAAACCCAGACCGAUGUGGGAUAUGCUGGAAGAGAAGGAGACCGUUCCAUGA